UCAACAAGAACAACAAUUAACAUGAAAGUUUUUGUAACAGUUAAAAAAUUUUAUUCUAAAUUGAAUUUAUUUUUCUCUCAUCAAGAUGAUCCCUACAAAGGAAUUGAACAUUUGAUCUCAUUGGAAGAAUCAGCGAAACGUUGGUACGUAACAACUCGUGGUUACCCUGAAGUUGACGCGGUCAGAGAAAGUGACCACUACUCUAAGAGUGACAAUUGUUUUUUGAUUAGUUCACUAAUUGAGAUCAGUCUUUACAUCUCAAUGAGCCGAAUAACUUUACUUUGUUUCACCGAUAAUCAUUUUCUAAACACUUAUUGUGGUGACGUUUUCAUUGGCACUUCAACGCGUUUUUAUAUGAACGCAACAUUUGCCCUUGCAGGUUGGCUUGUGGUCAUCUUCCGGUCAAUGCUUUUCUGGUCAGAUAGAGCUAAAAGAUUAUCUUGGUUAACAGUUUUCACUUUAAUUAAACACCAUGGAUUUAAUUCAUCGUUUUUAAGAAUAACGCCAGCGGGUGCGAAUGAACUUCGCAAUAAAGUUUAUUUGGGUCGAAAAUUUUUGACCUUUGCUAGUCCACUGACCGUUUCUUUCAUCUCUGGAAUAAUGUUUGUCUCUUUUUUAACAAAUUCUCUUUCCUUUCAAUCAAGAAAAUUAAUAUUCUUUCAAUUCUUCUGGUCAACAUUGAUCACUGUCCAAGCGACUUUCGCAGUCGUUGCAGGUCUUUGGCUCGUUGUUCAUGUUUACCUACUCACUUCUUACUGUUCCCUUCAACUGGACGCUAUCAACUUGACCAUUGAUCGGCUAAUAUUAUCAUCAUCAAAACAGAAUCAAACUCAUGAAAUUUAUGGUCAAAUCAAUCCACCGAUCAAAGUUGAUUUUUCCAAUUCGGUUCACUUAAUUGUGGCCUCACAAAAUCACACCUCUGGUUAUAUUAGUCAACUAAGUGAUCAACUUAAAUAUUACAUCGCAAUUGGUUAUUUUUAUGCUUCUUUCGGUGCUGAUUUUUUGCUCUACUCAGCAUCGGUCAUGCCAACUGACCGUUUCUUCAAUAACAUAAUUGUCACUGGACUUGGAGUUGAAAUUUUGUUUCUAUCGAUGCUCAUAAUUCUUGUCUUGUCAAAAGUUUCAUCAAAGGCCUAUUCAUCUUAUGGUAAAUUUCAUCUAAUAAUUGAAAAGAUAAAACCUGAAGUGAUGGCAAAACAAAAGGUUCGAACCGUAAUGUGUACGAUUAGUGAUUCGUUCAUUGGCUUUUACAUUGGCGAUGUUUUCGAGGCAACAAUGAAUCAAUAUGUCGAGUUUGUUCUAGGUAAUUGUAGUAUGAUGUUGAUGUUAAUCGGAAUCAUGAAGCAAAUAACCUAAAUUAACGUCAACAAUCAACGAGAACGAUAACAGUUAACACAAAGAAGCAUAAUUUAAAUCACUAAUCA